GCACAACAGCUAAAUUUCAGUUAAAAAUCGGAUUCAUUUUAUAGUUAACUUUGAUAUUUUUGUUGUUUUGUUAUUUAAGUAAUAUACAAUUUAUAUUUGUAGCUAUAUAUGUUGGCUAAAUUUAACUUUUUUGAUGUAAAUUCGUCGCUAAGACCAUUCUGUCUACAGUUAAGGCUGCUCAAACCGACAAACUGAUUCGUGUUUAACUUUUAAAAUACAUUUUACUGCAUGAAGCUGAUGUAGUUAUAUUUUUGUGUCAGUGUAUGUGCACUGAACGUGGACAUAUCGGCGUACAUUGCCUUUAGAUGGAGGUAAACAGUCAGCGGCGCUACUUCCUGACUUUAGGGAAGGGGCUUGGUCCCGUGCCCGCGCCCCGCGAACGCGCAUCAAAUUAGCAUCGAUGAAGUUUGUUCGAACAUGGCGGAUUUCCUGCCGACCAGGUCCGUGUUAAAAGUUUGUCUACCCGUUUGCCUGCUCAACAGCGGCGAAGGGGAGCAGCUCCGAAAGUCCAAGGAGAUCGACCGGGGCCUCUCCCGGGAGAAAACCUACGUGAAGCGGCUGGUGAAGAUCCUGCUGCUCGGCGCCGGAGAGAGCGGCAAGUCGACUUUCCUCAAACAAAUGCGGAUCAUCCACGGCCAGGACUUCGACCAGCAAGCCCGAGAGGACUUCAGAGCCACGAUUUACAGCAACGUUAUCAAAGGUGUUCGUGUGUUGGUGGACGCCCGGGAGAAGCUGCACAUCCCGUGGGGAGACUCAGACAACCAGCAGCAUGGAGACAGCUUGAUGGCGUUCGACACCCGGUCGGCUAAGAUGGCGAGCGGUCAGCUGGAGACGUCGGUGUUCCUGCGGUACCUGCCGGCCAUCAAAGCUCUGUGGGCCGACUCUGGGAUCCAGAACGCCUACGACCGUCGCAGGGAGUUUCAGCUGGGUGAGUCAGUGAAGUAUUUCUUGGAUAAUCUGGAUAAGCUUGGCGAGCCGGAUUAUCUUCCCAGUCAGCAGGACAUCCUGCUGGCCAGAAAACCCACCAAGGGCAUCCACGAGUACGACUUUGAGAUCAAGAACGUCCCGUUUAAGAUGGUGGACGUUGGAGGGCAGCGGUCGGAGAGGAGGCGCUGGUUCGAGUGUUUCGACUCCGUCACGUCCAUCCUCUUCCUCGUGUCUUCCUCUGAAUACGACCAGGUGCUGAUGGAGGACCGGCAGACCAACCGACUUCGUGAAUCCCUCAACAUCUUCGAGACCAUCGUCAACAACCGCGUCUUCGUCAAUGUCUCCAUCAUCCUCUUCCUCAACAAGACGGAUCUGUUGGAGGAGAAGGUGAAAAGCGUUCCCCUUAAGGACUACUUUCCUGACUACACCGGGCCGGAGCACAGCCUGCCGGACAUCCAGACGUUCCUGGUGGAGUGCUUCCGGGCCAAGAGGCGCGAAGCCACCCAGAAGCCGCUGUACCACCACUUCACCACGGCCAUCAACACGGAGAACAUCCGGCUGGUGUUCCGGGACGUCAAGGACACCAUCCUGCACGACAACCUCAAACAGCUCAUGCUUCAAUGACCCCUGGAAGCUGUGAAAAUAGACAGAACCACCCCAACGCUCCCCAACAGGACUUUGGAGAGCAGCCUCUGAAGAACCCGUCAGCAACCUUCUUCAGACAUUUUUAUCUUAGUUUUUACUCUCCUCUUGUUAGCGGUGAUGUUCAAAGACCAUGAGCUGCUUUGGGUCUUGGAUACCAUCAGAUCCCUGCUUCAUCCUGAGCUCUGCCUUCAGUACUCGACUCGCUGGGUUUUUUAACUCACCAGGUGCUGGUGCUGGCACCAUGGAAACCAGCAAAACUUUUUACCAACAAGGUGUUUGGUUUAGAAUCCAGACAUGCAACCUGCCAAGCUCCACACAGGAAAUAACCACCAUGUUUGCAGAGUUAGAUGGUCAAACUGUGUCCAGCAAUGAUUUAGUCCAGAUCCACUCCUUCUGCUGCUUUGUGAACGUUGUUUCUCAGCCUCUUCACUCGACAGGAGGUUUGGUCAGCUCGCUAAUGAUCUGCUCGGGUGGAGGUUGGUGGGUUUAAGUUGUGGACAUGGAGCCAAACUUUUCUAGAACAGCUGAAGGACGGCAGAUCAUGGAAACGCUCCGAACGGUUAAAAGUUAGAAACUGGCUCCAGCACCGGCACCCUGGAGAUCUGCGAGAAGAAUGAACCUACGAUGCCUUUCCAUUAAAUUUCCUAAUCACCGUUUAAAUUUAAAAUUAGAAUUAAAUUCCGUCUUAGCUUCUGUAAUUAAAGUCCAAGUUUCCAAACUAAUUGAACCUUUUAUUUUUGGUCCUUAGAGGGUAAAAAGGUGGCACAGGUGUGCCAGGAAGUGAACAUGCAGUCCACUGUUUUCUCAGGGUUGAAUCAAAUCCGUGUUAAUGCUGAUGUUAAUUGUUCAUGAACUGACUGAAAAAUCCAACCUUUAAUCUGUGUGGGCCUCGGCUAGGCCUCCAUACCGUUAGCUGGUUUAGUCCUGAAUCCUCCUGACCGUUACCCACAAUCCCCAUCUUCUGUCUUUUCCCAUUAGAUGCCUUGUAAAGGGACAGACUUCUCUCCUCCUGUUUGCCGGAAUCGUGAAUGUGUGUUAAUAAAUGUACAGAGAUUUGCUGUAGAUUGUUUGAAUAUUCUGUAACCCAUCAUGUGACGAUAUCUGUAUUGGCACUGACUCCAGGCAUCUCUGAAAAAAAUAAAAAUCCUUUCUUUUUUGUGCCGUUUGGGAUUUCCCUCAAACACAUUUUGAAUUUGUCGGGGAAAAAUGUGACAAAAAAACCUACUUGAGUUGAAUUGUUUUGUCGGUUCUCUAUUCAGGAGGCCGAUCUUUGUUGGAGGAUAAUUUGAGAUCUCUGCUGCCAGAAACUCCCUUCAGGACGGUUCACAUCGACAUCUGUCUGCUUCCAGUCCUGGCUUUGUAAAUACUGUAAUCUGUUGCCAUGUAAAUAAUAUUCAGGUUUAUCUCCUUAUAUGUAAAUGGUUGUAGAAAUGGCGUAUUGUGUUUUGUUGCUUCCAUUCUGAAUGUUUUUAAAAAUCACUGCUUUCCGAUGAAGAUGACCUUUUUGAUGUAGAUGUAUUUUUGUGUAAUUUUUUUCCAUCACCUUUUGAGAUUCAUCCUCAUGCCACUCUAACCCCAUCAAUAAAAUCCACUUUUCUAAUGAUA